UUGCCCUUGUUUCGUUCCCAGGCCUGCAUCUUUGCUGUUAUUGCCAUUCUGGGCGUAGCCUCGGCCGGCUACAUACGCUCUGGCUGGUCGCCGUACUCGUAUUCUUCGCCAGUGGUCUACUCACGGCCGGUGGUAUACUCGCCGUACUACAGCAGCGGUUACGGCGGUCUCGGUGGCUACGGUGGCUACGGCGGCCACAGAGGCUACGGCGGCCACAGAGGUUACGGCGGCUGGUCCUCUGGCUGGAGGAGUGGAUGGUGUGGUUACAGUGGUCUCGGCGGCUACGGUGGCUGGUCCUCUGGCUGGAGGAGUGGAUGGUGGUAG